UGGGGGAUCCUUUGUGAAACACACAUGUAAACACAGGAGAGAUUCAGCUCAGCUAUGGGAUAAAAGAGCCCGUUGCCAAGGAGCAGCAUGCAUGUGUUAAGCAACUGUGCUUUUACAUAUCGUAACUGAAAGAUCUCUAAAAUUAGAUUAUUUUUUUUCUUUAUAAACCAUAAGAGGCGUGAAAUCCUUCCUCAUAAUAACAGACCAGAAGGCACCGGAGACAAUGAAGUGUGAGCAGAGGAGUUUCUCUGCCACUGGGGCUGUGUUUCAGUGGUUGGAGGAGAAGCGAAUGAAAGGUACGGUGUCAAAAAGAAGGUGAUUUGAGAACUCCGGUGGGUGGAGGGGUGGGGGAAAGGGAGAAAUAUCAGUCUCUGUAAUUGCUGCCUUUUCAGAGCAAGCUGCAUCCCCCCCUCUUCCCAUCCUCCUGCUCCCGCAAGCCUGAAAUCUACUGAAUAAUUCAUUCAGAUCAGAAGCACCAAAUUUUCCCAUGCUGAUCUCUCCAGUGUGCAUCCUGUGAAGCACAAGACGAAGCUCCUAGGUCUUCAGGUGAACCACUAAAGCUCAUUGUAGACUGUGCUGGGACUCCUGAUAAUGUCCUUUCCUCUUUUUGCCAGCUUUUCUCAAGAGGGCACUCUUUUAUGCCUUAUAUUCUCCUUGCCAUUGCACUAGCUUCAUAGCUGCACCAGUGGAGAUGUACAGUUGGAUUUUGGUGUGCUCUGGAUCUUCCUAUCUGCUUGACUGCUUUUGCCACAUCUCUUCGGGUCUUGUUGGAUCAAAAAAUGCCUGAAUCUGCCUCACUUGACUUCAUAAGAAUUCCUGUUAUAUCCUUUCUUCUACCUGCAACUGAUUCUGGAUCGGGCACGCUCUGAGAAAAUUGUUGGUUUCCAUAGCAUCGAGUUUCUCUGCUUGUUUGGGAUAGAAUUGGCCACAUUCUUUUAGACAUCUUGAAUGCUCAGGAUCUUUUCAAUCAUCUGCCUUUGUUGUUCUUUUGUUGUGUGUCAUCUCCUGCCAGAUGUAUCUUGAUUUCUUCUUGGCUCGCUUUCUUAGCCACUUCCAAAAUCAAGCAGGAAUGAAGACUGCCUGAUUUGUGUGCACCAGGAUGCCCAACACUUCCUCCACUUCGAGUUCCAGAUCUUUACAACUGCUGCUUUGCGAAGAAGACACUCUAGGAACCAGGAUUUCGUUGUCUCUCGUCUACUUGCUACUGGCUGUCUCUGGAACUUUAUCAAACAUCAUGGUGAUCUAUCUGGUCUUCACCUUCCGAAAGCUGCGCACCACCAGCAAUGCUUUCAUUGUAAACGGCUGCAUCGCUGACCUUAGUGUCUGUGGCCUUUGGAUGCCCCAGGAAGCCGUACAGGGACUUCUACCGCCUGCUUCUCCUACAAUUCACUCCGAGGGCUACCGCCUGCUUCGGGUGGGGCUGGUGGGCCUUGGACUCAUUGUCUCAUUGCUUUCCCAUCUCUUAGUGGCCCUCAACCGGUAUGUCCUCAUCACCAAGCCGCCAGUCACCUACCAGGCUCUGUACCAGCGGAAGCACACUGCUUGGAUGAUCAGCUUGACCUGGGGGGUUGCUCUUCUCCUUGCCUUGGUGCAGCCCGGCCUGCAGGCUUGGCAGCUUGACCAGAAGGUGUCUGGAAAUGCUACCCGCAACAAGAGUUCUAGCUACACAGGCCUGCUGGUAGCCCUAGCUGUGCUCAGCCAGACCAUCCUCCUCCUGCACUGCUACAUGGGGAUCGUGAGGAGGGUGCGGGGCAGUGUCAAGCGGGUCAGUGUCCUCAACUUCCACCUGCUGCAACAGCUGCCCUUCCCAGCUGGCCCACAAGCUCCACGCCGGGCACAACGACGGCUGAGCAGCAUUUCUGUCCUCCUCCUCUGCCUUGCCUUUCUCCUGGCCACGCAGCCCCUGGUAUGGGUCAGCCUGCUGGGCUUCUUCCUCCAGGCCGUGCCACGAGGGCUGCAGUUAGCCAGUUGGCAGCUCUUCUGUUCCCUCUCUGCCUUCAACCCUCUGCUUUACACGUGGAAGAAUGAGGAGUUCCGGCGUUGCUUGCGCUUAGUGCUCCUGCCUGGAGGGGAUGCAGCGGCUGUCGUGACGGCCACCGCAACUGCCACAACGGCUCUUCCCACAGUCUCUCUUCCACCACAGGAGCCAUUGCAGUUGAGCACCAAGGUAGACAGCAUGGGAAGCUUAGUAUUUCAAUGACCUACCCAAGGAAAAACUCUCACUGAAAGAGUGCUGAGAGGCAUUUGUUUGCUGAAUUUGACUCACUGAACUGGAGACUCUCCUUCAAGAAAAGCUUUUUAACUCUGCCGUAGAGACACUUAUCAGCAGGGGCAAGAGGGUUGUAUAUAUUUGCAUCCAGGCUUUUUCAUACUCUGUGGAUUUGUACAGUGGCUUGGUGCAGUUGCACUGAUGAAAGCUUCUUAUAUACCUCGAAUUUUCUGUCAGUGUCUUAGUUGGGGGGUUUUUUCUGACGAAAUGUUCCUGGCUUACAAAAUGGCAUCAUAACAGAGGCAGUGCCUUAGCUUAGCCACAGAGCGUGUACUUGCUAUGGAUAAAGUUUAAAACUCAGUUCCAGACAGGUAACUUGGUUAAAAUUAUCUGAAGUGGGAAGCAAUAUUUUGUGUGUAGGUGAGAUAAAGACCUUCUGCCUUGACAAACUGUUGUGGAGCCUAAUGGGACAAUUCCUCGUAACUUCCUUUGCACCCCUAAAAUAUAGUUUCACAGUGAAAAAAUGUGGGAAAUAUGACUGUAAGCGGCAUUUUUCCCCCAGAUUUAUGUAUUGUGAAUUUUAUUCAGCCCUCUGAGGCCAACAAUAAACAAUUUUUUUCGUGUCAGGAGAGACUUGCAAAAUGGCAAGUUAAUUUCGGUUUGAGAGAAUUGGCUGUUUUCAAGGAUGUUGCCCAGAGGACGCCCAGAUGUUUUGAUGUUUUUACCAUCCUUGUGGGAAGCUUCUCUCAUGUCCCCGCAUGGGGAGCUGAAGCUGAUAGAGAGAGCUCAUCCCCGGUCUCCCCAGGUUGGAUACGAACCGGCAACCUUCAGGUCAGCAACCCAACCUUCAAGUCAGCAGUCCUGCUGGCACAAGGGUUUAACCCACUGCACCAUCGGGGGCUCCUAACAGGAAACUAACUCUUGGCAGCAUAUUAAUGAAAAACUAAAGGAAGAGCAUAAAGAAAGAUGUUUGCGUUAUCAGCCACUUUGGUUUGGUAGCACAGUUCUUUGGACUAGGAAGGACCAAGUUCUUCACAUUGCUGCUCCAUCAAGCGUCUAACUGGGUUACCUUGGACAACUCACUAACGUAAACAAAAGGAAAUGUUUUUGACCACAAGGUGUUUACAAUCUAAAUUUAACAGGAUACAAAUGAAUGCAAAGGGAGACAGGGACAAUAGUGAGGGAUAGGUGCCAUCUAAUGUAUUUAGAAGCGCAUGUCUUUCUACCACAUUUCCAUCAUAAGAUAUAGGUUAGGCCAGUGGCUUCCAACUUGUGCUCCACAGAGCCCUAAAGGCUCCAUGUGUACUUCCCAGGGGCUCUGCGGCCACUCCAGGAAAAUAAAUAAAAAGUGAAUGAAUUUAAAGAAUAAAAAACACAUGUUAUUUUAUGUUAUGUCUUAAUUUAGAUCUACUGUUACACCACAGUGCACUCUAGUUCUGUUGUAACGCAAAUGGAUUGAUUUGUUGAAUUUUGGAGAAUUUUUAUGUAUAGUUGUGUGGACAUUGCACAAUUGUUUUACUAUCUUUUAAAUUUACAUUUCCUUACUAUCGAUCCCUUUUUCUUCACUCCGUAACACUACUCCUAAACACCAUUAACAUGUAAGACAUAGGGUGGGCUUCAGGGGCUCUGCCACAGAUAUUGAUUCUAAAAAGGGGUCAGCGAGCCAAAAAGGUUGAGAACCCCUGGGUUAGACAUUAUUUCUAUAUUCCUCAGCUCUGAUACUGCCUGUGUUUUGUUGUCAUGCAUCUUUUGUUUUAUUCAAAACACAUUGGGCCUGCAGUCAAAUGGUGCAGUUGGGAUCAGGCCUGUAGCGAGGAAGCGGUUUUAGGGGUUCAACCCCCCCCCCCCGAAAUUUUUCAGGUUAUAAAAAAAACCUGGUUUACUCAUGAAUUUUAACUGGUUAACCAAAUCCCCAUGCUAAGUCUAUGAGACACAAAACAUUAAGAGUCCCUCCAGGCACUAUCUCAAGCAGAUAUUGACAGGUUUGUAGCGGGGAGGGGUGUGUGCUAGGGGUUAACCCCCCCCCCCGAAAUUUUCAAAACCCCUCCCAAAAUUUUUUUCCGGCUACGGCCCUGGUUGGGAUGCUCCUAUUCAAGGAGCCAGCCAGCCAUACUCCUUGCCAGGACAAUUCAUUCUAUUUACUUCCCUUGUAGUUUUCUAUUCUAAGCAAGUUCCUAAUUCCAUAGUUGAGUUAGUUGAGUUAGGCAAUCUCUCAUUGUCCGAGUAUGAUGGCCUUCCAAGUGUAGUGUCUGGCGGUGGAUACAUAGGUGACUGUAGAACCCUAUUCUUUACCCGCAUGUUCUUUCACGGUGAGGAAAUUGGUUUCCAGGUGGAAGGAGGUCCCAGUCAGGGUUGGCUUGAUUUCCUCUUGGCACAUUUCUCCCAUGCGUGCCUCUUCAAAUUCCACAGCACUUCUGGUCACAGCUGACCUCCAGCUAGAGCUCUCAAGGACUACGGCUUCCCAGUUCUCGGUGUCUAUGCCACAGUUUUUAAGGUUAGCUUUAAAUCCAUCUUUAAAUCUUUUUUCCUGUCCACCAACAUUCCGUUUUCCAUUCUUGAGUUAGGAGUAUAGUCAUUGCUUUGGGAGAUGGUGAUCGGGCAUUUGGACAACGUGGCCAGUCCAGCGGAGUUGGACUGGCCAUGUUCCAUAAAAACUGUUAUGGAACUAUGCUUAGUUCCAUAACAACUAAGCAUACACAGUGCUCCCUUUAAUUGCCCCCCCCUGCGCACGCACGCACGCACACACACACACACACUUUUUUUGUACUUUUGCCAAAGUUGGUGACUUCUUAUGUGUGAAUGAUGCUGUUUUUGGAUAUAUAAGAACAGGCACUAGAAGAGCACCACCAUGGCUCCGAUAGUACAGUAGAGCCCUGGUUAACCAAGCUCCGGUUAACUGAGGCUUUGUAUUAUCCGAGGCACCGCCUAGGGUGCCCCUCCCUCUCCCUCUCCUUCUCUCAGGUUCGAGAGAAAACUCUUCCCUCCGGUUAUGGCGCUUGCCUGGGCAAACGCGCAAGAGUUGCUCCGCAUUUCCCCAGUCUCAGCCUUUUACUGAAGGGAAGAGUUUCCUCCCUUCAAGAAAGGCCUGAGACUUUGGGCAAACGAGGAGUGCGUUGCUAAACAGCAACGCGCCCCGGGUUUCCUUAGGCCGGGCCUCCCCAUUAUCCAACAGAUCCGGCUAUUCAAGAUGCGGCCCGCUCAUUUAACUCUACUGUACCGGAACUCUACUGUACGUAUAAUAGACACCAGGAAUAAAACUAGCACCAAUCCGGUAUCUGUACUUUCCUCCCUUUAGACUUGAUUAAUACAGCCUUCUAACCCUUUCUAAAACUGUUUUUUUAAUAUUUUAAAAAUAUUUUAAAAGUGCAUAAUGUGUUGGUAAAAAAACCCCUACCUUUUAAUAUAAAUGCUAUCUUCAAAUUUUUACAAGCCUUUUUAUUCUAGAAGCGUUUUCCUAUAAAAACAAUAUAGACUAUUUACAUAAAUGGAGGCAAAUUGCUUUUCACUGCCUACUACCUCUUUGUUCUAUUUAUUACAUUUCUAUAAUAUUUUUUCCUUGCUUUCUGCUGUAAAAAUGUAGACUGCUAAACAGGUUUCAGUGUUGUUGUUGUUUUAGGGGAGGGGUAAAGUUACAAUUACUGAAGCAUGAUAAAACAGCCAGCUAAAGUUUGUCACCCUAAAACUGUAUUUGGAAAUAAACUUUUCUGAAUUUGG